ACUUGUUUUCAAGGUCACGAUGCCUCACUCGACUGUUACUGAUUGUGACAAAUACGAAGACAGUGAUUUAUGUAAAGAAAAAAAGCACCUUUGGUCUAGUCUACUCGAAGAGGUUACACACAAGGCUGCAGUGACAUUGUCUCCCUCCAAAACUCUAGUUGUUUUGGGGGAUGACGAGUGUGGGAAAACUACUCUAAUAGCCCGACUACAGGGUACAGAAGAUCCAAGAAAAGGUUUUGGACUCGAGUACACCCUUUUGGAUAUCAAGGAUGAAGACAGAGAUGAUCAAACGAAACUGAAUGUGUGGAUUUUGGACGGCAACACGAUUCACAGCCACCUUUUAAAGUUUGCAAUCAAUGAAGAGUCUUUCGGAGAUUGCUUCAUUAUGAUAUGUGUGAACAUGAUGGAACCAUGGAAUAUUAUUAGCAGCCUAAAUAAGUGGGUUGGUAUCUUGAGGGAACAUGUUGGUAAUCUCAAAGUUCCAGAUGAAAAACUUCAAGAAUAUAAGAAAAAUAUUUUGCGCCAGUUCUGUAGUUAUCUAGAACCUGAUGUACUAGCGAACACUGCUCAUGUUGCACCCAUAUGUAUCAGCCCAUCUGGUAAUCAUCAAUCUAAUGGACAACCUGUUUCACUGAAAAAGUUAUCGGGAAUACACCCUGCAACAGCUGCCCUUCUUUCAAGUACAUUAAACUCACUAUCUGAAACUGCGUCUCAGCCACCAUCUGUUGUAAAUGUUGGACAAACAAACAUUUCUAUGGAAACAAACACUGAUGCGAAUGCUCUAACCAACAAUUUGGGGAUUCCAAUAGUUGUAGUGAUGACAAAGGUUGAUUCUAUGGGGGCUCUGGAAAAAGAAAAUCAGUUCACAGAAGAACACUUUGACUUCAUCCAAAUGCACGUUCGACGUUUCUGUUUGUCCUAUGGAGCAGCACUGUUUUAUGUGUCAGUAAAGGAGGACAAAAACUGUGAUUUACUGAAUCGUUAUCUACAAAGUCGUAUCUACGGUUUUCCAUUCAGUCAAACUGCGUAUGUUGUCGAAAGAGACUGUAUUUUCGUUCCAGCCGGAUGGGAUAACCCAAAGAAAAUUGGAAUUCUUGAGGAAAACCUUACUCAAGUUCAACCGCAUAGUCUCUAUUCUGAUGUAGUUCCUCCACCACCGUCAAAAAAAGCUGCAGUUCGCGAACCGGAACUGUUUGCUCAAGAUGACCAAGUAGGUUGUAUAAUAUGUUCUUGAUGUGGCAAGCUUAACGGAAACCAAUAACUGAGAUUUUACCGGGAAAAUACUGCAUUCUAGCAAAUCAUCAAAAAUGUUAAUAUUUGUCCCUUAAAACUGUCAUUAGAUAGUAAUGUUUAUGAUAAAUGUAACCAGGAGUGCUAAAUAGCGUUCAUCUGGAGGCUAUCGUCUCAAGCUCUAUAUUGAUUAUGAGUGAAUAAAGCUUGUAAUCAAUCACGAAAAUACAACUCUCAAUGUUUCGAAAGUUAGACUAUUCUCAAGGUGCCUGUAGAGUUUGGGUACGUGGAACUUAAGUUCGUGGUUCAUAAAUGUAACUGUGAUUUAGGUUCCUUUAAGGGCUUUUAGGUUCCAGGAGAUAGUGGCUUCGUAGGUUAAUAGAUUAUCUGGAAAUAAAUCUCAUAUCCAUUGUGGAUUCGCCCUAUUUAGCGUGUAAUUUUAAUUAUCUGUUUGAUUGAAAAUUUUCUCAAUCAGGACGGACAUAAUCAUGAAAACAAGAGUAUUUCUAAUUUAUGUAUUUUUGGGGAACUGUUCUAUGGGUGGUUUUUAAUCUUCACUUUCAUCAUAAUUUCUAAAUAGUAUCCAUUAAUAUCUACUACUCAAUCAAAUUUCAGUCUCAUAGAGAUAUGUUAUAAAACUAUGUGAAGUUUCUAACCUUUUAUGACGAGUUACUACAUUUAGUUUCCUAAGUAGCUAUCAAUUGACUGCGACAUUAUAUCAGUCGUUUCAGCAGUCAAACCAAGUACGUAGUCAAAAUAUUUAGUUUUAAAUGUCUUUAUUCCGAAUUUAGAUGUAUGUAAUAAGACUACCGUACACUUUUCGCUUUGGGCACUGAAUUUUAUUAAUAAUAUGUUUUACGUAGUGUCUAUAAAUUUUUAGUGUUUUUUCAUAUAGUCAUUUCUUACUCGACUCUCGGUCAGUAUGCAAAGAGAUAAUGCUCAGGCAAAUAUUUCAAAUAAUACAAUAUCUGGUAAUUCGGAUUCUGUCAUGGAUCAACUUGGAGCAGCUACUGCCUUGAUGAAUCCGUCUUCUAAUGUUGGAAGUAGACCAGUUUCUGGAUCUCCCCGUACACCUGGUUCUGCUGGUAGAUCAAAGCCUCCUUCAGCUGUUGGUGGAGCUGCUGGGACAACAGGGGGACCUGGAUCAGGGGCUUCUGAAGGUGUAUUAGCCAAUUUUUUCAAUAGUCUGCUUAGCAAACGCACACCUGUUGUUGGUGGAGUUGGCGGUAUUGGAACAUCUGCAUCACUUAGUACACAAGGUUCUUUAGAUAGGACGUCGAUCUCACAAAAAGAUAUUCAAUCUGAACUGAAAAGGCUGGCUCAAAGUUCUCGUGAAGCACUGGAUGUUGGAGAUAAUGGUCCUGAACAGUUAUUGGGUGAUGUUCGACAACAGAAACUGGACGAAGUGAAAUCAGUUGACUCCGGAUCACCUAAAUUGACCAAGACAUCUAGCGAGCAACCAAGUCAAGUUUAGUUAUGCAUUAAUUCUUAUUAUUUUCAAUAUUUCUCAUCUACGAAUUCAGUUAACAAUUCAGAUUAUCUUCGUUACAACGAACUGUAUGCUUUAAUAUGACAUUUUAAUUCUUUUUCUUAUUCUGAUGUUUGGACUUAACGUUCGAGUUCCUUUUUGGGUUUAAUGAUUAUAUAAACCAAGUUUCUCCA